AUGAUCGAAUUUCCGCUUGGAUACCGAGAAGUCGUUCCCGACCAAACGCAACCCGAAAAUUGGAAGGAAAUUAUUUUAAAUACCGGUGGAAGCCAAAGUACUCUCCAGGACAUAAAAGUACCUGAACGUGCAAGCGGUUAUUCAUAUCGUGACAAUUACAAGUAUUACACGCGGAACCGGUUUAUUUACUGGCGAAUAAGUCAUGACAUUUUGGAACUGAUCGAGCACAGCUUUGACAUCAAUUUAAUUAAUUGCAAAAUACGGUACAAGUUUACCGACACUCCGAUACUCGACGGUAUUUCAAUACAUGAGACUGUUAAUUCUGUGGAACACCUGCUGAUAUCUCACCCAGACUUGACAAUCCAAUCAAUCUUCAGCGAAGCAUCAGCGCAAGUAGCCCGCGACCCUCACUCCUUCCACGUGAUAUCCAACAUCGGCACUACCAACUCACCAGUGCCUCACGCAGCAGCAUCAUGGCUAACCUUAAACCCCGAAGAAGCUUUAUUCGCGCUAGCCUACAACACAGGAACAAUCCUCCUUUUACGCUUAGACGGAGCGACCGGCCUAGUGCACACCAGCGAGCUGAAACAGGACUCAAUAAUGCCGCGCUUUCUCAGCGGGAUCGCCACAGCCUUCCGAGGCCGCAACACCGAGGGAAUGGUAGCAAUGUCUCUGGUCAUCCACCCCUGCGGGGACGACACCUACCUCUUCGCGCUCUGCCGCGAGGGGAACGUCCGAAUGUGGUCCUGCAACAAGGCCCAGUGCGUCGCAGUAACCGAGGUCUCCGCCGACAGCCAAGUAGCCCAAGGAGCUCACGGUCACAUGCUCAGAAAAAUUCUUGGAUCUACUGACAACGAGCUCUACCUCGGAACUUACCUUAAAUUCAACUACGGCUGCGAGUUCAGCAUCCUCAGACCAGUCCAAGACGCCGGACUGUUCAAAUUUAUCCGAGUCUGCACUCUCUUUCCUCCAGACCAGCACCUAGUGGACUUUGCUUUCACUCCAACUCGACUCUGGGCCGCCUGGAGGACCACUGACCUGGACACUGUCGCAGUGACUCACGCCCAGCUGCCUCUCAGUGGCGCUCAAGUCACUUCCGAGUGGGAAACAGCGAUCUUGGAACCUAUCCCAGACCGGGAUUACAUCAUCACUGACCCUGGGACCGAUCCGAGCCAAGCUUACCUCAGUUAUAUUUUCCACCCAGGUCAAUUUUCACUUGCUGACAUCACCCGAGCUUUGAACAUCUACCGCCGCUCUAAUUUCAUGGCUGACAUGACCUUAUCCCCCGCGUUAUUAAAAGAGCGAGUUUGCAUGGCCGUCGAAGCUGAAAUCCAAGCCGAGGUGAUGGACUAUGAGCUAACUGAUGAAGAUUAUCUAGAAAUUGCAAACCGCUGCUGGUCUAAAUUUUAUUCUUGCGUGAUCCAGUACCACGUGAACGGAAGCAGGCCGGUUGGAAUUCUCCUCCUUCCUACAGUCUACGGAGUAGUGCUACUAAAAAAAUCAUUCUUCUCUCUCCUUCGUCCCAUGGAAGCUUUAGAACACUUACUGCUCUCCAAUGAAAAAUCUUACGCUUCAAGAUUCAAAACCACCGCGAUUUUUUCCCAAGAUGAGGAAACCUGCCAAGACUUAAUCGAGCUAAUGGAAGCUGUGGUGAUGCUAGAAGAGCAACUGUCUGAAGAAACUAAAAGCAAUUUCCAACGCGAGCUUUCUUAUCUCAAAAGUCCGGACAUUGUAGUGGAAGAAUUGUUCUCAAGAUUGUUAACUGAUCCAGACGACCCGCUUGCUGACUACGAUUUUCAAUUAGACUUGUAUAACAAAUUAGAAAACGUCCGAGACCCUGCUAAUGCAAUGGAGAUGCUCCUCGAAGCUCUGACUUAUGACACAGUCCAGCCGGAGAAACUUAAAUUAGAUUCCGAGCCAGAAACCUCGCGGAUGCUCCUCACUGUCAGCCAUCUCUUCGGCAGCCAGCUUGGAAUUUCUACUGUGUCAGUUUCAGUGUCACAAAUUACACAGUUGCGCUUUACAAUUUGUAGAAAUUUGCUUCUUCUUCAGCAAAUAAUCCUAGCUAGACCUGAGGUUUCAAUUUCUAGAAUUUUACAUGAAAUAAAAUCUUCAUUAGCUCCAAGGACUGUUGUUCUAACUCAGGCUUAUUUUGUGAUGAAUUGGAUCUGCGAGUCGACGAUUAAUUUGCAGUCGAGGCAGACAUUGUUGGAGACAAGUAUCCAGCGGCUUCAAAGUCUGAAAUUAAAUGAAGGCCGUGUGACUAGUAGGCAUCAACGUUCGACGUCUUUGUUGGAGCUUUUUAUCCAAAGCUCGGGUGCAAAGCACGCCUAUACCUUGAUGGCGAAUAAUAUGGAGCUGGAUGCUUCGACUUUGGUCCCCUGGCACUUUGGAAUGCUCACGCAUGUGAAUUUAAUAGGCCAGCUGAUCUCUCCGCUUUGUGGAAACUUUGUUUUUCCCGAAUGGCUGCUCUCCAGCUGUCAAUUUAAUCUUGUCCAAGAUUACGUUCGGUUGUUGAGCACCUGGUGCGAGUGGAACAGCGCCUCCAGGAAGUUUAUCCUCGCGGUCUCGCUUCUGGAGCUGGGAGAGACCAACAAGGCUUGUGAUCAAUUUUUAAGAGCCUCUAAUGGAAUUCUGACUGAUAAAUUCCUGGCUAGUAUUCUUCUAGACGCGACUCCGGGCUCGGACAGCAACGCGUUGGUACAGUACUAUCUGAAGAUAAUUGAAUUAUUUGAGCAGCAUGGACCCUCUAAGUAUAUAAUUGAACUUGCGGAAACGGCGAUCACCAUCGCGGAAAAGGACAAUCCAAACUUGCCGACGUUGCACUCGAUAAUAUUCACGCAGCAUUUGCACCUGGGACAUCAUAAAGAGGCGUAUCAUUGCUUGAAUUCGAAUCCAGAUGCUGCGAGAAGGUCAGACUGCUUGAGACAACUGGUGGUGACCUUGUUUGAGAGGAAGAAAUUGAUUGACUUGGUUUCUUUUCCGUAUGUGGACAUGUAUGAAGAGCUGGAGAGAAUUGUCGUCGGCAGGGCGAGAAGUGUCGAUCUUAUGGAGAACAAUUAUUAUAAUUUUCUUUAUAGUUUUCAUAUUGAGAAGAAUAAUAUUAGAAAAGCUGCUUCGGUUAUGUAUGAACAGGCGAUGCGGCUGAGUCAAGAGUCACACUCGGUGCAGAUUAUUACUAGGCAAGCUCAGUGCUUGCUGGCGUGUAUCAAUGCUCUUAAUUUGGUGAGGGAGAAUUAUAGGUGGAUUGUUAAGCCAGUUGUUGAUCAGACUUAUCCGGAUGAAGUAAAUCCGAAGAAAAAACGUACCUUUUGUGGAAAAGAGAUCCUACAUUAUAAAAUCAAAAAAAUGGUUCAAGUUCUGGAGCUCAAGGACAUUCGGAACGAGUACUACCUAGUUGAUGCAAGAUUGAAGCUUUCUAAAUUCAGAUCUGAGAUGCAUACCAUCGCGCAAGCAGACGCUGGAGAGCUGAUAGUCUUGCUCUCGAAUGUAGGACUGUACACAGUAGCACUUAAUUUGUGUGACAAGUUUGGAAUUUCCAAAACUUCAGUUUUGGAAAACUUAGCGGGCCAAAGCUUGAGACUGAGCGAGCAUGAGGAUCCUAACGCUUGGGAUUGGCUUGUUUUGAACGAUGUCUUUGAUAUUCCGGGGUAUGGAUCUAAUGUUGCUGAUAUUGCGUGGCGCUUGUUGGAAAAAUUAACUCUAGAGCACGAGAAGGAGGACAGCAGUGAGCUUCAUAAAGGUGUAGCGAAGAAAAUUCUUCAGCAUGAAGCUUUCUUACCACAAUGGCUGAUUGCUUCUUAUAAAAAACGCAACGCUGCAGAGUUACUAAGACUGAUAUUAAACUCCGGAAGAUUAUUAGAAGCAACUGAUCUAGCUGUUGAUUAUAUAAACGCAGUCUUAGGAGAAGGAAAAGAAUAUUUUGGGCUUGAUAGCCCAUUAGUAAUGUCUGGACCAGCAGUUUGGUUACCUUUUAAUACAUUUGAAGUCUUAUUGUUAGAAUUGGAGCAUGCUAGUAAGGAAGACCCUACUUAUAUCGAGAGCCACGAAAAUUUAAAUAAUAAAUUAGAAUGUUAUAUUGACACUGUGGUCCGAGUAUCCAACGAUAUGGUUAGAUUUAAAGUUCAAUCCAGUAAUAACAGUAAGUAUAAUUACAUUUAUCAGUAA